GCGUUGUCAGGAUUUUCGCUCCUUCUUCGUUGCGACACUGCCGCGCGGAUACCUGAGCCACCGGCGCGGAGCGAUGCGGCAGGAAACGCACACCUGGAACACCUCCGACUCGCAGAACGGCCCAUCGGCGCCUUUGAGCCCUAUGCAGUUUGCGGGAUGCUGGAGUUGCAGUGGCCCACGGUGAUGGCAUGCCCGCCCUGCCAAGCGCAAGACUUCGGAGCUCAGCUCGGUAAGUGUGACGAAGAGCAGAUGCGUUUCGUCACCUUCAAGCUGAUGAGGCCUUGCAUCGGAGGGAUGGCGGCACCCCCGGGUUACAAGGAGAGCUGCGCCGGGGAUAACAUCAAAAGCAUCGCCAAGCACGUGGGCAAGGUGGUCAAAGAGCAAUAUCCCAUGCGAGCCACCAUCGUUUCCGUUGCCGCAGUGCUUUUGGGCUGCACUCUCAUCUGCUACGCGACGCACCUGCACAGGAGCUACCGUCAGCGAUUUCUGCAAGAUGGACUUUGA